AUGCGGCUCUCGGAGCCAGGAACGGGGCUCCCCGAGACGAGAACGGGGCUGUCCCAACCGGGAACGGGGCUCCCCGAGCCGGGAGCGGGGCUCUCUGAGAUGGGAACGGGGCUCUUCCCGCCGGGAACGGGGCUCCCCGAGCCGGGAAUAGGACUCUUCUCGCCGGGAACGGGGCUCUCUGAGACGGGAACGGGGCUCUUCUCGCCGGGAACGGGGCUCUCUGAGCCGGGAAUGGGGCCCCUCGAUCUGGGAAUGAAGCUCUCCGAGCCGCGAAAAGGGCUCCCCGAGCCGGGAGCGGGGCUCCCCGAGCCGGGAAUGGGGCCCCUCGAUCUGGGAAUGAAGCUCUCCGAGCCGCGAAAAGGGCUCCCCGAGAUGGGAAUGGGGCUCCCCCAGCCGGGAGCGGGGCUCCCCGAGCCGGGAAUGGGGCCCCUCGAUCUGGGAAUGAAGCUCCCCGAGCCGCGAAAAGGGCUCCCCGAGAUGGGAAUGGGGCUCUUCCCGACGGGAACGGGGCUCUCUGAGCCGGGAAUGGGGCUCCCCCAGCCGGGAGCGGGGCUCCCCGAGAUGGGAAUGGGGCUCUUCCCGCCGGGAUCGGGGCUCCCGCAGCCGGGAGCGUGUCCGGAGCGCCCCGCGCCCCCCGCGGAACGAGCCCCGCCGGGCAGCGUCAGCCUCCGGGAGCUGCCUGAAAAGUUUUCGCGGUGA